AUGAAGCUGGUGCCGAGGGAGGCGGAGAAGCUGGCGCUGCACAGCGCCGGCUUCUUGGCGCAGAAGCGCCUCGCCCGCGGCCUCCGCCUCAACUACACGGAGGCCAUCGCGCUCAUCGCGUCGCAGAUUCUCGAGUUUGUUCGGGAUGGAGACAAAACUGUAACAGACCUGAUGGACCUGGGGAAACAGAUGCUGGGCAGGAGACAAGUUCUUCCGGCUGUUCCAUACCUUUUGGACACUGUACAGGUUGAAGGAACAUUUAUGGAUGGAACAAAACUAAUUACUGUACAUGACCCUAUUUGUUCUGAUGAUGGAAAUUUGGAGCUAGCUCUGCAUGGUUCUUAUCUCCCAGUACCUUCACUUGAAAAGUUUUCUGGGAGUGAUGUUGAGGACUAUCCUGGUGAAGUACAUUUCUGCUCUGGACGCAUAAUCCUCAACCUUCAUCGCAGGGCUUUAACGCUGAAGGUUGUUAACAAGGCAGACAGGCCUAUUCAGAUCGGGAGCCAUUACCACUUUAUAGAGGCCAAUCCGUACCUGGUUUUUGAUAGACACAGAGCCUAUGGCAUGAGACUGAAUAUACCUGCUGGAACAGCCGUUCGGUUUGAGCCAGGGGAUGCAAAAAGUGUUACACUUGUAAGCAUUGGUGGCCAUAAAGUAAUUAGAGGUGGAAAUGGCAUUGCUGAUGGUGCUGUUGACAGUUCUCAGCUUAAUGAGGUAAUGCAGAAGAUUACUGAGAAUGGUUUUGGACAUGAAGAUUAUCCGGGCGCAAGCGAAGGUCUUAUUGGUGACGGUACAUUCGACUGCAGUGUUGAUCAUGAGAAAUAUUCUAGCAUGUAUGGACCUACAACUGGUGAUAAGAUUAGGCUUGGUGAUACCGAUCUUUUUGCGGAGAUUGAAAAGGACUUUGCUGUUUAUGGUGAUGAGUGCAUAUUUGGAGGGGGGAAAGUUCUGCGUGAUGGAAUGGGACAAUCAGCAGGGUAUCCAGCAUCUGCCUCCCUGGAUACAGUUAUAACAAAUGCUGUUGUGAUUGACUAUACAGGAAUAUACAAGGCUGAUAUUGGUAUAAAAGAUGGGCUUAUUAUUGCCAUUGGGAAAGCUGGAAACCCUGAUGUCAUGGAUGGUGUGCACAGCAACAUGAUUGUUGGGGUGAAUACAGAAGUUAUUGCUGCUCAAGGCAUGAUUGUAACUGCUGGUGGUAUAGAUUGCCAUGUUCACUUCAUAUGCCCUCAGCUGGUAAAUGAGGCAAUUGCAAGUGGCAUAACAACAUUGGUGGGAGGUGGGACAGGACCAGCACAUGGAACUUGUGCCACAACUUGCACCCCUGCACCGUCUCAGAUGAAACUAAUGUUGCAGUCCACCGACGAAUUUCCAAUCAACGUGGGAUUCACAGGAAAGGGAAAUACUGCAAAACCCGAAGGAUUAUCUGAGAUUAUUAUGGCAGGAGCAAUGGGUUUGAAGCUGCAUGAAGAUUGGGGAAGCACCCCAGCCGCGAUAGAUAACUGUUUAUCUGUUGCAGAAGCUUUUGAUAUCCAAGUUAAUAUCCACACGGAUACCUUAAAUGAAGCAGGUUGUGUGGAGCAUACAAUUGCAGCUUUUAAAGAUAGGUCCAUACACACAUAUCACAGCGAAGGUGCAGGUGGUGGUCAUGCCCCAGACAUCAUUAAAGUAUGUGGGGUGAAAAAUGUGUUGCCUUCUUCAACAAACCCAACCCGGCCUUUUACUUCUAACACUGUUGAUGAGCACCUUGAUAUGCUGAUGGUUUGCCACCACCUUGAUAAAAACAUCCCAGAAGAUGUAGCAUUUGCCGAGUCAAGAAUUCGAGCAGAAACCAUUGCGGCUGAGGACAUCUUGCACGACAUGGGGGCAAUCAGUAUCAUAUCAUCUGAUUCACAGGCUAUGGGUCGCAUUGGAGAGGUGAUUAUCCGAACAUGGCAAACUGCAAACAAGAUGAAAGUCCAAAGAGGUAGGUUACCUGGGCCUUGUGACUCUGAUCCUGCCGAGGAUAAUGACAACUUCCGUAUAAGAAGAUACAUAGCAAAAUAUACCAUAAAUCCUGCUAUAGUAAGCGGCUUCUCAGAUUUUGUUGGUUCUGUGGAGGCGGGAAAGUUAGCUGAUCUAGUUCUUUGGAAACCUGCUUUCUUUGGUGCAAAACCAGAAUUGAUUAUAAAAGGUGGUGCAAUUGCGUGGGCCAAUAUGGGUGAUCCGAAUGCUAGCAUUCCAACACCUGAACCUGUUAUGAUGCGACCUAUGUUUGGUGCAUAUGGAAAGGCUGGGAGCUCUCACUCGAUUGCAUUUGUGAGCAAGGCUGCCAAAGAAGCUGGUGUUGCAUCAGAGUACAAACUAGCAAAGAGGGUGGAAGCUGUUGGUGGUGUCCGCCAUUUAUCGAAGCUGGACAUGAAGCUCAACGAUGCGCUUCCGAAAAUCGAGGUCGACCCCGAGACCUACACGGUUACUGCCGAUGGAGAGGUCCUGACUUGCCAGCCAGCAGCCACGGUGCCGUUAUCUCGGAAUUACUUUCUUUUCUAG